AUGGCCCAAUAUCAAAGAGGCCUCGCUGAUAAAAAUGAUAACAAGCUCAUCAGUCUAGACAUAUCGACCACAAUUAAAACAUUAGGAGUACAUUGGAAUGCCAUGCAAGAUACUAUAAACUAUGCGGUAAAACGCAACGAUAAUCCAUCCAAGGUCACUAAGAGAAAUAUAUUGUCAGAAAUUGCACGAAUCUUCGAUCCAUUAGGUUUAUUAGAGCCGGUCAUAAUCAACGCAAAAAUACUGAUACAAAAAUUGUGGCAGCUAAGAUCCUCAUGGGACGAAGCUGUGCCAGAAGACAUAGGCAGAGCGUGGCAAUCAUUUCGACACAAUUUGCAUAGAAUAAAAGAAGUUAGUUUUCCACGCAAGGUGUUAAACUGCGGUGUAGAAAUGGAAAUUCAUGGUUUUUGUGACGCAAGCGAAAGGGCGUACGGGGCAUGUAUCUAUAUAAAAACGACGGGCAGAAGAUCGACCAUUCAGCUAGUGUGUGCGAAAUCUAGGGUAGCUCUGCUCAAGACGCAAUCGCUUCCGCGCUUAGAAUUGUGUGGCGCAGUUUUAUUAGCACGCUUAUACGGGGCCACCAAACAUGCACUGCGAAGAGUCAGGUUUCGUCGCGCGGUGUUCUGUUCGGACUCGACAAUAGUACUACACUGGCUCAAAACACCACCACAUAUCUUGAAAACAUUUGUAGCGCAUCAGGUGAUAGAAAUUUUAGAAAGUAUCGCUCCUGAGCAGUGGCGGCAUGUGGCAUCGGAUUAUAACCCGGCAGACUUUAUAUCUCGCGGCAUAACAAUAACUGAAUUUAUUAAGAACGACCUCUGGAGGGCGGGACCUUCAUGGCUUCUCCAACGCGAAUUACGUUGGCCACAUCAGGUAAUAGAAAGUAUAGAAACGCCCGAGAGAGAAACUUUUUCCGAACUCAUUGAACAAAUCGUGGCAGGAAAGAAUAUUCGUUCGUCAAUAACAAAUCUUAAUCCAUUCGUUGACGAAAGGAGGAUCUUAAGAGUUGGCGGGAGACUAGGUAGAAGUGAUUUGCCAUAUGAACAAAAACACGCAGCGUUAUUACCGAAGGCACAUUUCGUCACCGCAAUCAUAAUACGUGAAAAACAUGAGAAAAUCUAUCAUGGCGGUGCACAAGCCACGCUUAACGCCGUUAGCGAAAACUUUUGGCCUAUUAACGGACGCGCUGAAGUGAAAGGCAUAAUAAGCAGAUGCACCAUGUGUCUAUUAUGGAAGCCGAUUAUUCCCAAAUAUAAAAUGAGUGAACUAACAACAAAUCGUUUACAGUUAAAUCGGCCGUUUCUUCAUACCCGAGUUGAUUUUUGCGGACCCAUAUUCAUAAAGGAAAAACAACAUCGGAAUCGUGGACGUAUCAAAGUGUACGUGGCGGUAUUCGUUUGCUUCACCACAAAGGCAGUACAUUUAGAAUUAGUAAGCGACUUGACGACCGAAUCAUUCUUAGCUUGCUUAAGAAGAUUCAUAGCUCGUAGGGGGAAAGGCUCAGACAUAUAUUCGGAUAAUGCAACAACUUUCGUGGGCGCGGCAAAUGAAAUACAGACGUUCGCCGCUCGACAAUUGACGAACGACGGUAUCAAGUGGCACUUCAUUCCUCCUCGAUCACCUCAUUUCGGAGGUCUCUGGGAAGCUGCGGUAAAGUCCUUUAAACAUCAUUUAGUUCGGAUAAUUGGUGAAACACUACUCACUUAUGAAGCACUUUUAACUUAUGUUUUGGAGAUAGAGGCCAUCCUUAACUCUCGUCCUCUCACACCCCUAUCCAAUGAUCCAAAUGAUCUGCGUGCUCUUACACCUGGGCACUUCCUGAUAGGUGACUCACUAAUAAGCUUGCCAGAUCACGAUUACAGGGACAUACCAUGUGGCCGAUUAUCACAAUGGUAA